AUGCCAAUGGCCGCUGUCUCCCCCGCCGCCUCCCCAGGCCUCUUCCCGGCGGUGCUGAACCUGGCCACCAUGGCCGACAUCCACGCCAACGCCACCUGCGGCUCCCAGGGGCCAGAGAUGUUCUGCAAGCUGGUGGAGCACGUCCCGGGACAGCCGGCCAGGAACCGGCCGCAAUGCCGCGUCUGCAACCAGAAGAGCAUCAAACCCUUAGAACAACACCCAAUAGAAUAUGCCAUUGAUGGGACCAAUCGUUGGUGGCAAAGCCCCUCCAUCAAGAACGGCAUGGAGUACCACCAUGUGACCGUCACCCUGGACCUGAAGCAGGUGUUCCAGAUUGCCUAUGUGAUUAUUAAGGCAGCCAACUCACCCCGUCCAGGUAACUGGGUCUUGGAGCGCUCGCUGGAUGGCGUGACCUAUGACCCGUGGCAGUACUACGCCAUCACGGACACCGAGUGCCUGACGCGCUUCAACCUCAACCCGCGCACCGGACCCCCGUACUACACCAGGGACGACGAGGUCAUCUGCACCUCCUUCUACUCCAAGAUCCAGCCGCUGGAGAACGGAGAGAUCCACACCUCUCUGAUCAACGGGCGGCCCAGCGCCGAGGACCCCUCCCCCACCCUGCUGAACUUCACCUCCGCCCGCUUCAUCAGACUGGUGUUCCAGCGGAUCAGAACGCUCAACGCUGACCUCAUGACCCUGGCGCUCAACGACCCCAGAGAUGUGGACCCCAUCGUGACGAGACGGUACUACUAUUCCAUUAAGGACAUCUCUGUAGGGGGCAUGUGUAUCUGCUAUGGCCAUGCAAAGGCCUGCCCUCUCAAUGAAAGAACAAAGAAAUUCAGCUGCGAGUGUGAACACAAUACCUGUGGCGAGAGCUGUGAUCGCUGUUGCCCCGGUUACCAACAACAACCCUGGAUGGCAGGGACCUUCCUCACCCGCCAUGUCUGUGAGAAGUGCAACUGCCACGGCCAGGCCGACGACUGCUACUUCAACCAGACGGUGGCCGACCUGACGCUCAGCCUGGACGCCACGGGCCAGCGCAGAGGGGGGGGAGUCUGCGUCGGCUGCCGCCACAACACCGCGGGCGUCAACUGUGAGAACUGCAGCGCGGGCUACUACCGGCCUCAAGGGGUGAGCCCUGAGGACCCGGAGCCCUGCCGCCCCUGCCUCUGUCACCCCGACGGCUCCACCAGCCAAUCAUGUGUCUCCGACGAUAGCCAGGCCACACCCACUAUGCCAGCAGGGUCGUGCCCGUGUAAGGAGGGUUUCGAAGGUCUACAAUGUGACAGGUGUGCCUAUGGCUACAAGGGCUUCCCAUCCUGUGAGCGUUGUGCCUGCAGUAUUGAGGGAAGCACCAACAAUGACCUGUGUAGAACUCCCUGUUACUGCAAGGAGAAUGUGGAAGGGGAGAACUGUGACCGCUGUAAACUGGGGUUUUACAACCUGCGCCGCGACAAUCGCCGGGGAUGUGAAAAGUGUUCCUGCAUGGGCGUGGCCAGCCAGUGCUCCGCCUCUCCCUUGGCCUAUCAGAAUGUAAGAUCCCACGUACAUGAGCCAACUCAGUGCCAUCGUUAUCGUAGCUUAAGAGGGCUGCAUAUCCUUCAUUCAGAUCAUACUUGCGAUGACGACUGCGCCGGUUUGCUGAUCAGCGACAUGGACAGCCUGUACGGCGUCAUCACCUCGGUCAACCUGACCACGCCACUCCCGCCCCCCUAUAAGAUCCUCUACCGCUUCGAGAACAUGACCGAGGAGCUCAAGCACAUGCUGUCCCCACAGAGGGCCCCAGAGAGGCUGCUCCAGCUGGCCGACUCUAACCUGGGCUCCGUGGUCACUGAGAUGGACCAGCUCCACAACAGGGCCACCAAGGUCUCUGCGGACGGGGAGCAGGUGGAGGACGACGCCGGCCGGAUCCAUAAAGGAGCCGAGGACCUGUUGAGGUUCAUCCAGGACACGCUGCUGGGGGCCACAGAGCUCCAGGCCAAGGCGGCGGAGCUGAACGCCACCUUAUCGCGGCGCGCCGGGUCACCGGAGAAGAGCCUGAAGGAGAUGAAGGCGGAGAUCCAGGCCAUGCUAGCCGAGCUCCGAGCCAGACAGCUGGCUGGGAAGAAGGGCAUGGCAGCGGAAGAGCUGGGUUUGGCCGAAGAGCUGUACCAGAAAGUCAAGAGGCUGUUUGGAGACCCCCACCAGGCCACCGAGGACCUCAAAGCAGAGGUGACAGGGAAGCUGUCGGACCACGGGGGGAAACUGGAGGAGGCCCAGGAGCUGUUGGACGCUGCCCAGAGCAAGAGCAGGGAGGCCGGGGUGCUGGCUGCUCAGAACCAGGCCAACCUCACAGCCCUGGAGAGGAAGCGGGCGGCGGUGAGCGGCGUCAGGCAGGAGGCGGAGGGGCUGCUGGGGGACGGCGAGCGGCUGCUCGGGGAGGCCAACCAGCUCUCGGACCGCAUCAACGGGGAGAUCGAGGAUCUAGAGGAGAUGGAGCGAGAGCUGGGCCCUCUCCAUGACCGCCUGGAGACCAAAGUGGCUCACCUGACGGACGGCCUGAGUGACGGAGACCUGGCCGACCACGUGGGCCUGGCCGAGGGACACGCCCAGCAGCUCAACGAAUCAGCGGCCAUCCUCGACGGUAUUCUGGCGGAGGCUAAGAACCUCUCCUUCAACGCCACGGCUGCGUUCAAGGCCUACAGCAACAUAAAGAACAGCGUGGACGAGGCCGAGAGAGAGGCCAAGGCGGCGAAACAGAGCGCCGCCGAGGCCCUGAUGCUGGCCUCUGGUCCUGACAUCCCAAUAAAGGAUGAAGCCAAAGACUCACUGCAGAAGAGCUACAGACUGUUGAAUCAAGCCAAGCAACUAGAGGACAACGUCAAAGAUAAUGCAGCAAGUGUGGCCAAUCUGAAGGGCAGGGUGAAAGCUGCCAGAGACAAAAACAAAGACCUGCUGAAGGCUGUCAACGAAACCAUGGCAACCCUUAACGCCAUACCCAGCGACACAGCAGCUAAGCUAGCAGCCUCCAAGGUCGUGGCAGCGGACGCAAACGCCACUGCCAUCGAUGUUCUGGAGCGCCUUGGGGAUUUGAACCUGCGACUCCGUGGUCUCCAGAAGAACUACAGCGAACUGGAGGACACCGUCAGAGCAGCAAAUCACAUGAUCCAGGACCCGGAGAAGAACAUCCAUGCUGCCGGGGCCAAAGUCAAGGAUCUGGAGGACGAGGCGGACAGGCUGUUGGAGAAGCUGCAGCCAAUCAAGAGGCUGCAAGACAAUCUCAGGCGCAACAUCUCUCAAAUAAAGGAGCUGAUCAACCAGGCCAGGAAGCAGGCCAACUCGAUCAAGGUGUCUGUGUCGUCGGGCGGUGACUGUCUCCGUAGUUACCGGCCCGACAUUCGGAAGGGGAGGUACAACACCAUCGUCCUCCACGUCAAGACCACCACGCCAGACAACCUCCUGUUCUACCUGGGCUCCGCCAAAUACGUGGAUUUCCUGGCCCUGGAGAUGCGCAAGGGCAAGGUGAGCUUCCUGUGGGACGUGGGCUCGGGCGUGGGGAGGGUGGAGUACCCCCACCUCUCCAUCAGCGACGGCAAAUGGCACCGGAUCGAGGCCUCUCGUAACGGUCUGAACGGCACCAUCUCGGUGUAUCCUCUGGAGGGCGCCCUGGCUGGCCUGCGGCCGAUGCCCGCCAGCGCCAACUCUCCCACGGCCUUCACCAUCCUGGACGUGGACCACAACGCCUACCUGUUCGUUGGGGGCAUCCUGGGAACCGUCAAGAAAGCGGAUGCGGUGAGGACCACCACCUUUACCGGCUGCAUGGGCGAGACGUUCCUGGACAGCAAGCCCAUCGGCCUGUGGAACUACAGGGACCGCCAGGGAGACUGCAAGGGCUGCACUGUCAGCCCCCAGGCAUCGGAGGGGGAGGGCACGGUGCAGCUGGACGGGGAAGGCUAUUCCGGGGUGGGGCGGCCCGUCAGGUGGAACCCCAACGUCUCCACGGUGACCUUCAAGUUCCGCACCUUCUCUUCAGAUGCCUUGCUCAUGUACCUGGCCACCGACGACAUGAAGGACUUCAUGACCCUGGAGUUGUCAGAGGGCAAGAUCAAGGUGACCUUUGACCUGGGCUCUGGGAUGGCCACUGCUACGUCCGCCAGUCGCCAUAACGACGGCCGCUGGAAGUCCCUCACCAUGACUCGCAACAAGAAGAAAGCCACGGUCUCCAUAGUGGACAUCGACAGCAGCAGAGAGGAGGAGAUGGCUGCUACAUCACCGGGCGCCGCAACCGGCCUCAACCUGAAAGAGAAACAGAAGAUCUACUUUGGAGGACUGCCCACUCAGGGAAACUACAGGUCCGAGGUGACGACACACCGCUACGCCGGUUGCCUGCGGGACAUUGAGAUCUCCAGGACGCCGUAUAAUCUGCUGGGCAGCCUGGAUUACACGGGAGUCACCAAGGGCUGCAGUGUUGAGAACAUCUACACGGUCAGUUUCUCUAAGCCCGGCUACAUGGAGCUGUCGGGACUCUCAUUGGCUGUGGCCACGGAGAUCAGCCUGUCGUUCAGCACUCAGACGGACACUGGGACCAUCUUCUUGGCAGUUAGUGGUGCCGAUCAGAUUGAUCAGAAGAGUGCAGGCCUGUUCAGUCCAAAGAGGAAGCGCAGGCAGUCGGGAGAGCCCUACCUGUCCGUCAUGCUGAACAAGGGCUCCCUGGAGGUGCUGGUGUUCACCGGGAGCCACAACACGCGCCGGGUGGUGCGCCGCGCCGACCAGGGCGUCCUGCACGACGGCCGGGAGCACGCCCUCCGCAUAGAGAGGCUGGCCGGCCGAUCCUUCGCUGUGCAGGUGGACGAGGAGCCCAAGAGGGAGGCGGCUCUUCCCAACGACCAGCCAAUCAGCUUGCGGCGCGUGUUCCUGGGCGGCAUUCCCGCCGCCGUGGAGCUGAGCUCCAACCGGGCCAAUGUUCCCUUCCAGGGCUGCAUCUGGAACCUCAUGGUCAACAAUGUGCUGUCCGACUUCUCCCAGCCCGCGUCCUUCGAGAACGCCCACAUCGGCCGCUGCCCCAGGCUGGCCCCGGCCCCGCCCCAGACGCCCCUCCUGCCCCUGACGCCCCUCCUGCCCCCAGAGGUGGAGGGGACCCCGGGGCCCCAGACGGCCCCCGCCACCCCGUCUCCGGGCCCCCCCGUUGUCGAGGCCCCACCCCCGGACACUGAACUUGCAGUCCCUCCCACCACCACCCCGGAGCCUGACACGGACUCGUGUGGGCCGGGCGCCGCCCCAGCCGCCCUGGAGAAGGCGUACCAGUUCGGACUCACCAAGAACAGCCACAUGACGUUCGCCUUCGAUGACACCAAAGUCCGAGAGAGGCUGAUCAUGGAGUUUGAGCUGAGGACCACAGAGGACUCUGGGCUGGUUCUGUACAUGGCCAGGAUCAACCACGCAGACUUUGUCACCAUACAGAUCAAGGAGGGCCAGGUGUGUCUGGGCUACGACCUGGGCCACGGCAACACCUCCGGGUGCAUCCCCUUCUCCGUCAACGACGGCAACUGGCACAAGAUCCGUCUGAACCGGAACAAGCAGAGAGCCGUCCUGAUGGUGGACGGACGCUACAGCAAACAGAUGAUCAGCCCCAAGAAGGCUGACCUCCUGGAUGUGGUGGGACUCCUGUAUGUGGGCGGGCUGCCGCAAAACUACACUAGCAAGAGGAUAGGACCGAUUCUCUACAGUAUCAACGGCUGUAUCCGGAACUUCAAAAUGGUGGGAGGACCCAUCAGUAGUGCUGCAGGUCGUCUUGGAGACUUCAACCUUGACAUGGCGUCGCCCAACUCCACACACAUGGUGGGAAGAUGCUUCGUAGCCACGGAGACGGGCACCUACUUUGACGGCACAGGCUACCUUAAAGCAGUGUCUACCUACCGGGUGGGUCUGGACGUGUCCGUGGCACUGGAGUUCAGGACCAGCCGGACCAACGGGGUCCUUCUGGCUAUCAGUAACCAGGGCAACGACGGGCUGGGCCUGGAGAUCAGCCAGGGCAAGGUCCUGUUCCACGUGGACAACGGCGCCGGGCGCAUCACGGCCGAGCACGCCCCCGGGGGGGCGGGGCUCUGUGACGGCCAGUGGCACGCGGUGGUGGCCCACAAGCUGCGGCACCGGCUGGAGCUGGAGGUGGACGGCUGGAAGAGCCAGGCCGAGAGCCCCCACACGCGCUCCAACACCUGCGACACCAACGACCCCGUCUACGUGGGGGGGUACCCCAGCGGCGUGCGGCAGGCCGCUCUCUCCACCUCCACCUCCUUCCGGGGCUGCAUGCGCAACCUCAGGAUCACCAAGGCGUCCCGGACCAUGGAGGUGCACUUCAACAAGGCGCUGGAGAUCAGGGGCGUCCAGCCACUGUCCUGCCCCGCCGUGGCGGCCUGAGCUCCCCCCCACCCCCCCUCUC